AGCUAAGGGCCUCUCUCCAGAGUUGCAGGGUGUGAGAGGACAGAGGGUUGUAUGGAGUGGAAAGAUUUCAAAGUUGUGAGGACCUCAGUGUUGCACUGCAGGCCAAAGAGCAAUGAGAGCGGCUCCUGCUGGCUUGGCAUAAAAUAACUGAGUGACUUCCUGUUACAUCACAAAAAUGAAAUUUGAUCUGAAGAAAGAGAUAGAGGAUGGCUGCUGUAAGAAGGUAAAAACACAAGGAAGCCUGAAGGCGUGCUGUAAAUCAAAGUGGGCUGGUUUGUGCUUUCUUCCUGUGUGUUUGAAUGGAGGAGAGCUAAUCAGCUGCUGAGUGCCUAAGUUAUGAAAUGAAGAAAUACUGCCCCGAUAGGACAUCCCCUCUAAGGUUCAAAGGUUGAUGAAGUCCAGUGAAUGCUAAACAAGGCUGGCUUUUGACAUGAAAGAUGGAGUCUGUCUCUUUCCCACCACUGUCCAGGGUUGCCAUUUGUGGUGGCACUCAUGGAAAUGAGAUGACAGGGGUGUACAUGGUGAGAGAGAUGCAGAAACAGAAGAUGGAUAAAACUGGAUCUCUUUCUGUCUCCAUUAUCCUAUCAAACCCACGGGCUGUGGAGGCGUGCAGGAGAUACAUAGAAACCGACCUUAACCGCUGUUUCACCUCAGACUUGCUGAGUUCCCCUGUAACAGAUUCAACACCCUAUGAACUGAAGCGAGCGCAGGAGCUGAAUGCUCAAGUUGGGCCCAAAGGAAGCGAAGAGGCCGUGGACCUGCUCAUAGACAUCCACAAUACCACUUCCAACAUGGGCCUCUGCUUCAUCUUUUAUUCCAUAGACUGGGUCACCCUGCACAUUCUCAAAUACAUACAGAGUAAAAUGACUUCUGUGGACAUUCGAGCAAUCCAGCUGGACCUACCUAUCUCUGAGGCUUAUUCUUUAGAGUCAGUGGGCAAGCAUGGAUUUGCAAUAGAGGUUGGUCCACAGCCUAAUGGUGUGCUCAGAGCUGAUAUCUAUAACAUGGUGAAAGAGGCGGUGGAUCAUAUAUUCAGCUGGCUUCAGGAAUUCAAUUCUGGAAGCACAUUUGAAGGGGGUGAAGUGGAAGUAUACACUUUGGUGAAAAGUGUAGAUUACCCAAGGGAUGCAGUGACCGGUGAAAUCACUGCUGCCAUACACUGCCAGCUACAGGAUAAUGACUUCAAGCUUCUCCAGCGAGGCGACCCCAUAUUCCUGUCAUUUUCCGGGGAGACUGUGAAGUAUGACGAUGAAGAGCUCUACCCAUUCUUUGUGAAUGAGUGUGCCUACUACGAGAAGAAGAUUGCUUUCCAUUUAGGUCGAAAGAUAAAGCUGACAUUUCCGUCCAUAAAUUUGACAGGUUGAGAGCAACUAAAUUUAAAUAUCCCAAUUUUGAAUUAUAAUGAGUGGGGGAAAAAAAGUGUUCUAAUCAUUUCAAAUAUGCGAACUCACAAACUUGAUGUCAUAACUAACACAGCCUCUAAAAAUUAAGCUUAUUUGAGCUUUAGCUGAGUGGUGCAUUGCACAGGCUGUAGAGUUAAAAUCUUCCACGUGUUUUAUAUUUGUUUUAAGCUGAAUUUAACAUGCAAUUAUCUUUUGAUUGCAUCAAUAUUGAAUAAAUGAAAACAUGAAUCAUUUUGUGUGAUAGCUUGAUUUAGACUUGCAUAAAGUAAAUGGAUCUGCUCAGUUAACAGGAAUAUGAUCAUCAGUCGAUGUGCCUAUAGUUUAAAGAAUUUCUGUGACACGCAUCAGCGUGGAUUCAUUUAAAGACGAGUGCACCUUACAUGAGUUUGUCCCAAUACACUGUGAGAGAGUGAUUCUUAGGAAAGUGAAAAAAAGAGCCCAUAAAAGAACAAAUAUGACCUUGACUAGUGAUGGCACAAUGAGGCUUUUUGACUUUCUGGACCUUUUUGUGCCCUUGUGUCACAAAUUGCUUCACUACUUAGUUUCAUCCAGCACUCUUGGGUGACAUCUACUGGCAACAGUGAUUGUUGCACAGCCAAAUGAAGCUCUGCUAAUGUGGCGCACCUUUCAUGUGUAUAAUAAGACUUAUUAAUGUAUGUUGUGACAGUUCCUUAAAUGACCUGGCAGUCCAGCUGCAUCUUAUGUAUCUGUUUUUUGUAUCCCAUAUUAAAAAUCA